GAAAACCAUUGCAGUUGUUUCUUGAAAGCAAAAUGUUUUUGUAACUUCCCGCUGGAUUAACCUAUCAGUUCCGCUGCAAAUAGUUCAAAAUUCUCACUCGCGCACACCCUCAUGGCUCUAAAACUUCUCUUCCCAUUCCCUCCCUCGAAACCCCUUCGCCACAAAGGUUUCUCUUUCUCCACGGUGGCUUCAACCCUUACCCUGAAUUCUGACUUCUCAUAUGGCCCCUCUUUGAGCAAAGGUCACAAGACACCAUUCCAGGCCCAAUUGAGCUUAACAGAAGAAACCCUAACCCUAGGAAAGAUCGAUGAACGGAUGUUCACUCGAGUCUUUGAUGUUGCAGCUCUCCGCGUGCCUGCUGAGGAUUGUUUUCCGCUGGAAAACCGUCUCAGAGGCCAUUUGCUUAACUGGCCUCGUGUUAAAAACAUUGCUAGAGUUUCAGGUGACGAAAUGGAUGAUUCAAUAAGGAGAAUAAUGAGGGAGAACAUAAAGGAUGCUGACGGUUUGGAUAUAAUUAACCGAAGAAUUGAUGGGAAAGCAGAAGGUGGUGGUUUCGAUCCUGUUUUAUACAGAGACAAGCUUGCGAAGUCUUUCAAUUGCAGGGGUUUUGUUCAGUUUCGAAACCUUGCAAAGAUGUCGAGGCCGAAGAAGUCAAAGAAGAGAGAAAAUGGGCUACAUUCACAAAGUUUUAGAGAGAGGAAGGCAAGGAAUUCAUAUGAUAUCAUGGAGGUUUCAGGAUGUGUCGGUGUUGAUGAUGAAGAUAUGAGUGGACUGCUCGGGGAAGAAUUUAAGGGAAGGAGAUGGAGAGGUUCAAGCAGAUUGUUGCUUUUGGAUGAGAGAUAUGCAUAUAAAGUAGUUGAUGAACUUCCUCCUGCCAUUCAGGUUUCUGCUUGCCCUAAUCUAUGGGCUGUUUUAAGAGAAUAUAAUGAACAAAGCAAAAGAUCAAUUUUCGACCUUGUCCAGUGCAAGUUGACCUUACAUUAUGAUUACUGGCAAAUGAAUGAGAUACUAGAGGCUUUGCUACCAAAGGGCAUCAUUGUUCCAGCAGCAUUUGAAAUGGUUGGUCACAUUGCACAUUUGAACUUAAGGGAUGAGCAUCUUCCUUUUCGUAAAUUGAUUGCAAAGGUGGUACUCGAUAAGAACCAGCCAAAGAUUCAGACUGUUGUUAAUAAGAUUGAUUCAAUUCAAAAUGAUUAUAGAACAAUGCAGCUUGAGGUUUUAGCUGGAAACCACUCCCUAGUAACUACUGUCAUUGAAAAUGGACUUCGUUUUCAAGUUGACUUAGCUACAGUAUAUUGGAAUUCAAGGCUUUCAACAGAGAGGCAAAGGCUUGUUAGCAGCUUUGCUAGCGACGACAUUGUUUGUGAUGUUUUCUCUGGAGUAGGUCCAAUAGCCAUAGCUGCAGCAAGAGUUGUAAAGCGUGUAUAUGCUAAUGACUUGAAUCCUUCUGCAGUGGACUAUCUUAAGGGGAAUACUAUUCUUAACAAACUUGAGAGAAAAGUUGAGGUUUGCAACAUGGAUGGACGGAGGUUCAUCAAUGCCAUGUUGUCAAGUAGAAGGCUGGAACCCAUCACCCAAGUGGUUAUGAAUUUGCCCAAAGAUGCUGUGGAGUAUCUAGAUGCAUUUCGAGGAUUGUUCCGAAACAAACCUAAUUCUAAGGAUUAUCCCUUGCCAAGGAUUCAUGUUUACGGAUUCUCCAAAGCUCAAGAUCCUGAGUUUGACUUUCAUCAGAAAAUAAGAAUUGCACUUAGUGAGGUGGGAGUAGAAGUGGAAAUGCAUCGUGUCCGCCUUGUUGCACCUGGGAAGUGGAUGCUGUGCGGAUCAUUUGUCCUCCCAAAGAGCGUUGCCUUCUCGGAAUCAAGUGUUGGAUUGUAUUAGUUUUAUUUAAAGGAAAAAGCUUAUAUGCGAGAAACCCGAAUGGUAACUCCCCAUCACCACCAUCCAACUUGUUGGAGAUUGGGAAAGGACGGUGGUGAUGGGGAGUUGCCGUGCGGACUGCCCGCACGCUAACCGCAUUCUUAUUUAAAUUAGUUGUAUAUCAAUUUUGCUAAUGGUUGUUGUUAGUACAA